AUGGCGACCGCCACUAUGAGCCCUACACCCGCUGCAAUAUCGAGUUCCAGUGCACCCGAGAUCCAUCCGGGCCACACGCUUGCAGCAAGCACGAUAGGCCCAUCCCCAUCUCUCGAUGGCCUUUUGGUCACCUCGCCUCGAGACACAUCUCCUGACUUGUCUGGGUCGACAAGCUCGCCUAGCUCCGGGGACCUUGCGCCUGGCAGCAACGACAAUCCACCGGAGCCUGACGCCCAAAUAACUGAGGCCCUUCGCAGCAAGGACCGACUCUACGUUUUGAAACUAGGGGAACUGAUGGAGAGCUUGAUUAACGAGCGCAGAGUGAAAAUCGACCUCACCCCGGCGACAUCAUACCAGCGAAUGCUGGUUCACAGAUGUUCUGCCUAUUACAAGCUGUCACCAGAAAGCGAUGCGGCUACGAAGAGCAUCACUGUCUUCUACCGCUCCGAGAGCAGAAUUCCUGCGCGUCGGAUCAGUGAGCUUGUUCCCGCGGAGGAGUCCGCCCAACCUGCCUUCAAAAUCAUGCGGAGAGGCGCUCAGGAUGGCUCGAAGAGCCGGCAGAAUUCGCAAACGGGCUCUGUGAUCGGAGAAGACGCUGACCUGUCUGAUGACGAGUCGGGGAGCGUCGGUGGACGCAGCGCUGCUACUGGAAGCAGCACGAAACGGCACCUCACCCUGGAGGAGCGCGAGGCAGCCUACAACGAAGCGCGCUCGAGGAUAUUCAUGGGUUUCGAGGAAAAGGAGAAGGAGAAGGAGAAAGACAUGAGCGCUAAUUCCUCGACGUUCAGUCUUGUCUCGGGCUCCGGUUCUACAAGUGGAACGCGCGGCAGCAGCAUCGGUGAUCUCGACGAUUCUGCGAGCUCCGCCGCAACUGAGAGCGAGUGGUCGGGCCCGGUUACUCGAGACCGGCGGGAUAGUCGACGGGGUGGCUCAAAUGCCUCUUCCAAUCGAUCGUCAAUGCGCUCAUCUGGUGCAUCCUUCAAUAACGGCUCUGGAAGCUCCAGAAAUUCCAGGGCUACCUCACCUUCCUUCACGUAUGCGUCUCUUUAUGAACCACCCCCGCCCAUGGAUUGCCAGCCAUACGGCUCACAAGCACCCCAACCCAAUUACAUGGCCCACUACUAUUACGCGUACGGAGCAACGCCAGGUCCUAUUCCUCCUGCCACGUAUGGGUACCCGUACUACAUGCCAUACGGGUAUACUCCACCUCCUCCUGCCGACCCCGCUGCCCCAGUACCUCCUGAAUCUAUGUACCCUGCCACCCAUACGACGCCUCCGCAAGGAUCAUACAUGAGUUCAUACGCUUGGUCUCAGUCGCCGCCCAAUCAGUCAAUGCCCCCGCCAUCUUCCACCCAGCCUCGAAGUCCCGGAGGCACAGGCGUCAGUCUUCCACAUCACCCAUCGCAGUCAGCUUCUUCCCAACCUCAAAAUAUCGUCCAGGCACAAUACUACACGUAUCCCCCACAAUUUAAUCCGUACUCGAUGCAGGGGUACCACCCCCCUCCACCGGUUUAUCCGAAUCCUUACGGCCCACCUACAGGCCCGUUACCGGGACAGCAGAUAUACGUGCCUGAUCCAACGCAUGCAUCUGGGUACAUGAAUGGCAAUGGUGCAGAUAGUAGCAACCAUAGCCGUGCUUCAUCCAGGAGCAGCAACGGGCAUAGGCGUGGUGCUCCUCGCGCACGGGGUUCCUGGAGCUACGGGCCUGGCGCGGGUAACAACGGCUAUUCCUUCAAUAUGAAUGGACACGGGGCAGGGGGAGCUGAAGUCGGUCCGCGGCUGAGUUCAACAUUCAGGAGAACAUCCAGCGGAAGUGGAAGCGCUGGAGCGAGAACACCAGGCGACGAAGCGUCUUCGACUGCGUCAUCCACAUCCUCUUCAUCUCGUCAAACUUAUACAUCCACGUCAUCAAAGCAUCCACUUCCGCCUCGACCAGACUGGGCAGUUGGCCUGAAGGCGCAACCCGGAUUGCACCCGCCCCGACAUCAUGACCACAACAACACGAAUUCCCGAACCUUGUCACCCGCUCGGCCGGGCGGCCCACUGCACCUUACAACCCCACAUCAGUCCCAGCCUGUCUUGCAGUCAACCGACUUUCCACCAUUGUCCUCCUCCUCUGCGCCAGAGAAGCGACUUCCAGUCGUAAGCGGCGCGUGGCAGAACCCCUCGUCAACGCGGUCCAUCAUAAUGCCCGGUCCGCAGGGUAACCCCAACGGCUCCGUGCUCGUGCAUUACCCUAAUAUACCGCAAACCACAGCAGCGAACUCGAGCGUUACGGCACGUUUAGACGACUCGGACGCCAGCUUCGAGCGACCGCCUCCCAAGGGCAAUACCGAGUUAUUCAACCCUAAGGGUAAUUCGCGCACAGCCGUAUCUAUCAACGGGAAUGGGACAAGUACAGCGGGACAGGCGGAAUUGAAGGACGGGCCAAAAGACAAAGUUCGCCCCACGGGUGAUGCGGCUGACAGCGGGAUCCCGGAGAAGUUGGGUUCAAUGUCCCUUGAAGAGCCUCCCGCUGCUGUAGGCUUCAUGCAGAGGCCGUCAUCGGUAGUGCCCCCGUCGACGGACGCUCUGGAUUCUGCGGUGCAAGUAGAUUCAUUAUAAGAACUCUGUAUCCGCCGCUCGCGGGCCACGUCUCGUGUCGCACUGCUGUCGGGACGUUGUCGUUAGGCUGUCGCAUGUAGUCUCUAGCUAGCAUCAGCUAAUGUACUGCGAGUACUAUAUCGUUGUGUGCGUAUUCCACCGUGUUGUAUUCACGUAUCUUGAGAGUAACUUAGAGAAUAUACAAUUGUAAUGUGC